GGCUUCACUUACUUAUGAUUACAUGAUAUAACUGUAAUGGGAAGGGCAGGCGAAAAGAGAACAAGCAUUAAAGUGCAACAGUGUAAGAGGAAGUUGAAACAAUAUCAUGCGCACAUUGCUGUGUAUGUGGCCACGUACUUGCAACAGUCCUUUUCUGUAUCUUCAAAUGUGUCCGGUCAGACACACAAAAAGGUUCGACUAAUAGUUAUCAUGCCAGGGAGUCAGAGACCACAAUUCAUGUGUGGACUACGAAACAUAAUAAUAGGAUGUACCUUGGUCAUUUUCUCCUUCACGUUUGUUGCUCAAGGAAUACUUGGUUCAGGACUCUAUAACUGUCCCAGACAGACUUUUAUCCCUUUCUACAUGUCCCUGUAUGGGAUCAUACCGGUCUUCCUGGCACUGAGCUUAUGGUACAACUGGUGCAACACUGUCUGCUGGUCCAUGACCAUCAUCUUCCUGUGUUGCUGGUUACUUGCAGGUAAUAUAGUCAUCUACUCCAUUUAUGAACCCAACUACAACAAGAAUAUGACACAGCCUGAUGUGUACUGCAACAAGACGCUCUACCUGUUCGCAUUUUGGUUCACCAACGUGACCUAUAUCCUGUUAGCACUGCUCUUUAUAUCUUUUUGCUAUUGUAGACAACGAGAGCCUGAUGGUGACAAUGACACUCAAAGACUUGUGCGAUAAUUAAAUAGACAUAAUUAAAACAAGACAA